AUGGAAGUAUCGAAUGAAAUAAAAGAAGAUAUUCGACGAACCCAAACAGAGCUAAAAAAUGCCAUUCAAGUACAUCAGAUCUGGGUAGCGCGUCUACAAGAAGACGAAAGUAAUUCAGACUUAAAAAAUAAAGUAAAUGAAGCUGAACAGGAAAUAGUAGCUAUAGGACGUUCCCAAAAAUUAGUGGUGGAUAGACUGCGAAGAGAAUUAGAAUUGUAUCAACAAAGACUUAGAGCAAAAAAUAAACAAGUCAGUAUAGACAAAGACAAUCAUUAUAUUGCUCAACAACUACGUGAUCAUCAAUUACAAUAUAGAAACAGGAAUCGAUCAACAUCUCUCCUCAAACCCUCAGUUCUUAAUGAGAUUCAAAUAAAAACUGAAAACACUAAUGAACAUCUUAAUGUGUCAGAUACAGAAAAUGAAACAAAGCCACUUGACCAUGACCAUAUAAACAAUGAUGAUGUCCACUGUAAAGAGAGUUUUGUGAAAAAUUUUCCACAAUUGCAAAAUUUAGUUCACAGUGAAAACAGCAAUUUUGAAAAUGCGCUGAAUAAAGUGAAGGAAGUUUUUCUGGGAACAAAAUUUGACGACAAUGACUGGCCAGAUAGAACGGAUUCAGAUUCUUCAGGUCUUAGUGAACCAUCACUGGUCUCAUCACCACCCCCUUUACCUCAACCUGGUGAGCCAGUGUCUAAAGAAAUAUUCAUGAGGGCCCUUGGAUUGGUGACGCCUUCACAAAAGGAGUUAAUAGAGAAAAGAUUAAAUGAAUGUCGUAAGAGAUCGACGAGUGCCAAUAGAAGUGAUUUUGUAUACGGCAGUUUUGAUAUGAUUUCUAAGCGUAAGAAACUAAACCAUUUUCCAUAUCUGCAAAACCACAACGACCCGCCCCAGACCCGUUCAGCGAAACUAAGGAAACAGAAUCAGAGCAAAUCAUCGCGGGAAGGCUCGCCAUCAAGUUCUACAGAUAUUAAAGCUUGGGGCAACAAACCACCAUGGUUAUCAACACUCCCUACUGGAUUGUCAGUAGAACCUGUAUUUUCUACGAAGAAAGUAUGUCAUGGGUGUGGGCGAAAUGAUGUACCGUCCCUGCUGGUUUGGUGUAGCGCGUGCUCCGUGUGGCAGCACACGGGGUGCGGGGCGGGAGGGUGCUGUGCGGGGUGCCGCGCCCCUCUGCCCGAGCCCACCGCCGCCCCCUCGCCCCACGCACCCCACGGUCACAAACAGCUCUAUACAGAUAAGUUAGCAGAACGCAAACGCCUUCAAGAACGGAACAUUGAGCUCUGCGUGGAACUGCGUAAACUGGAAGCUCGCGCUGCAUCAUUGAAGGAAAACCUCGAUGAGCAUAACGCAGAGAAGAGACAGCUUUUGGCUGAUCAGAUCAAGACGCAGAGGAACCUUCAGAAAUUGCUGGAUUUCAUCAGUCAGUUCAAGGAGACGUCGGUCAGUGUCAGUGAAUCGGGGAGUGAAGUCAGCAAGAGUAAUGAGGAAUAG